AUGUUCCGGCUGCUUCGCUGGCGUCUGGGUCGAACCCUGCUGCGGGCCGCGGGCCGGCGGUGCGGGGGCUGUACUGCGCGCCUACUGCCGGAGCGGGCCGGUGACGCGGGUCCGGGCGCGGAGCGGCUGCGGACCCGAGGCGCGCCGGCGCGGGGGCACCGAGUGCUGCCGCUGUUGGCAGCGCUCGCCUGGUUCUCGCGAACCGCGGCGGCAGAGGAGCAGCCGGGAGAGGACGCGACAGACGAGGCGGAGGCAGAGAUCAUCCAGCUGCUGAAGCGAGCCAAGUUGAGCAUCAUGAAAGAUGAGCCAGAAGCAGCCGAGCUGAUUUUGCAUGACGCUCUUCGCCUUGCGUAUGAGAGUGACAACAAGAAGGCCAUCACGUACACUUAUGACUUGAUGGCCAACUUGGCUUUUAUACGAGGGCAGCUUGAAAACGCAGAACAACUUUUUAAAGCUACAAUGAGCUACCUGCUUGGAGGAGGCAUGAAGCAGGAAGACAAUGCGAUAGUUGAAAUCUCUCUGAAACUGGCCAACAUCUACGCUGCUCAGAAUAAACAGGAGUUUGCCCUGGCUGGCUAUGAAUUCUGCAUUUCAACUCUAGAGGGGAAAAUUGAAAGAGAAAAGGAAUUAGCAGAAGAUAUUAUGUCAGACUAACUGGCCCAAGAGCUUCGGACAGUCUCCUGUCUCCACCUCCCAUCUUGCUUGAGCCAGUAUGUGGAACAGAUAACCCACAGGAGAUAAACUGAAGAGACUCAAGAACCCUUGCUGGGCAGUUUUGUUUUUUUUUCCCUCCGUAAGCUGAUGAGUCUUCUGGACCCUAGAUAGCAUUCUGACAGGAGAUGGGCUGCUUGAGGAGAAGGCGCAUAAGUCAGCAUUAGGUAUCACCACUACAUCCAGGCCUUUGUGGGUUCUGGGGAACCACACUCAUAUUAUCAGACUUGUGCGCAAGCACUUAAACCACUGGUCAUCCUGCUGGCUAGGGUUAUUUUUCUUAAUAGCUUGUGAGAGUUAUGUAUGGAUUUGAGUGUCUUAUAUUUUGGUGGGUUGUGUACAUCAGAGAUUAAAAUGUGAGUAUUAAUAGAAUCAUUGGAUAUUUUCCUUUGUAAUUUGGGGCUUUGUGUCUUCUUUAAUAAAGUCAUUUACUAUGUUAAACUCAGAGAGAUACUUAGUUAAAAUGUUUUAUUAAAAUGUAAGAUUUCAUAAGCUUCUAGAUAAGCUGUACAAAAGGAUCACAGUGUUACUAGUAAGGGCUAUAAUGUUUCCUUAAUGUUCCUUAUGGUUUAAAUAGUCAAUCUUCCUACUGCUGCAACCCUCUGAUGGAGAUCCUGACACUGUGCUGACCCUAACACACUAGCUGUUGUUUUGGGUAUUUGAUAGUCUUUUUACUCACAGGGAUCAUCUUGGUUGCCAGCAAUGAAGAUGAUGUUACUCUUACCUGGUUCUGUUGUGUAGCUCUGCCAGCCGCCACAGGGUUUCCUUGGUGUUUCUGCGUAGCAGCUGGGCAGCCUAAGUUUGGCCUCUAGCCUUCCUGCUUCUCUUUCAGUGCAGUCUAGAUGCAUCUUUAGAGUGAUGCUAACGUUUUUUUUUUUUUUUAAAGAUUUAUUUAUUUAUUAUAUAUAAGUACACUGUAGCUGUCUUCAGAUACACCAGAAGAGGGCAUUGGAACUCUUUACAGAUGGUUGUGAGCCACCAUGUGGUUGCUGGGAAUUGAACUCAUAACCUCUGGAAGAGCAGUCGGGUGCUCUUAACCGCUGAGCCAUCUCUCCAGCCCGAUGCUAACGUUUUUAAACUCUGUAAUUAUAAUUGGCACUUUACCUUCUCCACAGUCACUUCAGCUCUCUUGCUUUUAUUCUCCCUUUUCAUUUGUUUACUUGCUGAACUAGUCACUGAAGAACUGAGAGCUUGCUCCCCUGUGAGGCAUUGAGCUGUAGUGGAGGAAAGAUGUCCUGUGCACUGGCAGUGUCUGCAGGUGGCGAUGCUCGCACGUCCCUGCGUUCCAUGAGUGGGAAUGCUGUGUGUGAUGUGAGGACUUCAGAUCUGGCUCUGUUUUACACAAGUUAAAGGCUUUAAUUUCUGGGUUCAUAGGCACUCAGACCAUUUACAGAGGUGACAGAAACUGGGCUCACGUGCAUUCCACUUGGGAUUUUUAGCUAAUUCUUAACUUGUGGCCCUUGGGACCUCAGCUGUGUCCAGCAGAAAGGUUCCCAGUUAUCAGUCAUGUUCUUGGAAGUAAAUGCCUUAGAUUAGAUGCUCCUCUACCACUGUGUUCUGGGAAGUGCUGAGUCUGACGUCAGUGACUAAGGACAUUCCAGGAUGUGGCAGGUAGCCAGUCAUACUUCUGGUUCUGUAGACAACCCUGUUUCUAGGGGUGGGGGCCAGGGAGAGGCUGCUGUGCUCAGAUUCUCUGAGAGAUACUAAUGGCGCUUCUGUACUUCCCAGAUGUGCAGUUACUGCAGCACCUCCCCGGACUCUCCACACUCACGUAGUAAAUCUCUCGAGCUGUUCUUGUGUUUGCUCAUCCUCUGCAGACUAAAGAGUUCCCUUCGCGUAGAUUUUAGGUAUAGGCUUCAAUAAUGAAUCUUGGUUUCUUCAUAUACUAGCUUAAGUAGCAUAUGUUUUUCCUGUGAUUAGAAAUAAUAAAUGGGGGCUAGAGAGAUGGCUCAGCAGUUAGGAGAGCACUACAUCUUCCAGAGUCCUUAGUUCAAUACCUAGUAUAACCACAGGUGGCUCACAGUUAUACGAUCCGAUGCCCUCUUCUGGCAUGUAUGUUUGCAUACAGAUAGAGCACUCGUAUACAUAAAAUAAAUAAAAUGUUUAAAAUAAAUAAAUAAAAACAUAAUAUGUGGAAGGUAUAAUUAAAGCUCAGAGAAAUAAAUAUGCUCUUCAAAUGUCCCUCUGGGCUCUUGUAAAUGACAGGAACUUCUUACUCAUUUUUUUUAAGCUAUCUGAUUUUUCUUCUUGUCUAACAUUAGCAGUACCUAUGUUUCAAAGAAUCAUGUUUCCUUGGCUCAGUGGUUAAGAGCACUGUCUGCUCUCCCAGAGGUCCCGAGUUCCUUUCCCAGCACCCACAUGGCGGCUCAGAACUGUCUAUAACUCCAGCUCCGGGGACCUGAUGCCCUCUUCUGGUCUCUAGAGGUACCAGGUACACACGUGAUUACAGACAUACAUACAUACACACACGCACACACACCCCCACACACACACGUGAUUACAGACAUACAUACACACACACACGCACAGGCAAAACACCCAUAUACAUAAGUAAAAUAAAAAUAAUCAUUUUUUCUUGGAAAAAGAAGUCCUUUUGGGUCAGUGAAAUGAAUAGCAGGUAAAGGCAGUUGCCAGCAAGCUUGAAGACUUAGUUUAAUUCCUGGAACUCAUAGGGUGAAAGGAGAAAAGUGACUCCCACAAAUUCCUAUAACCUACAUGCUUGUGCUGCCAUUAUAAGCCCAUGCCCUGUAGGUGUACUUUUCUGGGCUUCUUUAUUGGCUUCUUAUAGGUUCUUACAUCUACCACCCUUCCAACCCUUAUUUCACCUAAUUCCUUCCACUCCCCCUACACUAGGUUGGAGAGAAAGAAGGUUAGAGGGAAAGGGGGCCUAGAUCUCCUUAGACUACUUCCUUGGAUUUGGGGCAUCUGGUUCCUUGCGGCGAGUCCAGUCUCCAUCACCAGGAUAUCGCCAACCAACAAUCUAGCAAACACAACAGCAGUAGGGGCAUCGGCCACCCAGGCCCUCUCCAAAGUCCCCAGAAUUAAACUGCAGCUGCCAAAAAUCAUUCCCCCCCCCCCCGCCCCGAGCAUGGGACAAUCAUCGUUAAUGGCUAUGAAAAAUUGGAGCAACCCUAUAUCCCACACCUGAGAUUAAAACAAAAAUGUAUUCACAUAGCACAAUUGGGUUAAGAGACCAGAAUUCUCACUAUAUGCCACCUUACAAAGUGAUGUAAUAGAAAAAAAUUUAAGUCUGUUUUUGUACCCUGUGUAAAGUUUUCUCUUGACAGCAGGCAGAGAAGCCUUUUAAUACUUUCUGGAAGUUCUUUAGUGUUUUGGUUUUUUGUUUUUUUUUUUUUUCUUUCUUUUUUUUUGAGGCAGAGUUUCUCUGUGUUACUCUGGCUGUCCUGGAACUUGCUGUGUAGAACAGACUGGCCUUGAACUCACAGAGACUCUUCUGCCUCCUGAGUGCUGGGAUUAAAGGUGUGUGUCCAUGCCCAGCCACAAUGCUUUUUCAUUUGUCCCUCAGUCACUGUUUAAAACUGUUUAUUAUUUUGAAAGAUGUAUUUAUUUAAAAGUAUACACACUCACAUAUGAGAAUGGCUGUUUUGUCUGCAUUUAAAUAAGUGUAAGGUUUGUGUGCCUGGUUUCUGAAGAGGCCAGAAGAACUGGAGCUGUGGCUCAUUAAGAGCCACCAUGUUGAGAGCAGCAGGUGCUUUUAACCAUGGAGCCCUCUCUCUAGCUCUGAUUUACUUUAUUUUUAGUUAUGUGUAUACAUAUAUGUAACCCACACAUAGUUAUGUGUGUAUAUGUAACACUAACACACACACACACACACACACACACACACACACACACACACACACACACAC